GUGUGGAAGUGGACCUAUAUUUGACGUUGACAGAUAUUCGUGGGCUAUAAAAAGGGGACGGCCCAAACAACGCUGAGACCACAAUUCCCAUUUUCCUCAUCCUGGACCUAAAGAAACAAUGGCCACUACCACCACUGCUUUCUCCUCCUCCUCCUCCUCCUCCUUUGCUGCAGCUCUGUCCUUCUUUCUUCUGCUUGCUUUGAACACUGCUAAUGGCGAUGGAAUUGCAGUUCAGCAGAAACAUUUCUACACUGUUCAGCUGUCCUCGCUGUUUCCUUCCGACUCUUGCAGCCCUGCUCCUUCCACCGAAGGGCUGAACAAGCUGCCAGUGUUCCACAAACAUGGGCCGUGCGCCCAGGCCCAAAAACUCACCAGCACCGCCAACCAGUCCAAGCCCACCGCGGACGAAAUCCUCCGCCAGGACGAGUCCAGGGUCCGGAAAAUCCAGUCCAGGGCCAGAAAGGCAGCCGACGUCAGGGUGACGGAAUCCACCACCAUCCCGGCCAAGGACGGCAGCAUCGUCGACUCCGGGGACUACAUCGUCACCGUGGGGCUCGGCACCCCGGCGAAACAACUCUCCCUCAUAUUUGACACCGGAAGUGACGUCACGUGGACGCAAUGCCAGCCGUGCCUAGAGCCUUGCUACCAGCAAAAGGAAAAGAUCUUCGACCCUUCCUCCUCCAAAACGUACCGAAACGUUUCGUGCAAGGCCGCCGCCUGCUCCGCCCUCGAUGCCGCCACCGGAAACAGGGGAUGUACUGCCUCGGGCUCGACGUGCGUUUACGGGAUCCUAUACGGCGACGCGUCGUUCUCCAUCGGAUUCCUCGCCAUCGAGAAACUGACGUUGACCAAAACCGACGUCUUCGACGAAUUCUACUUCGGGUGCGGCAAAAACAACAAAGGGAACUUCGGCGGCGCCGCCGGGGUGCUCGGAUUGGGCCGGAACCAGCUGUCGCUCGUCUCCCAGACCUCCGACAAGUACAAGAAGCUCUUCUCCUACUGCCUCCCUUCCUCCCCCAGCGGCACCGGGUUCCUCACCUUCGGCGGCGGCGCCGCCAAAUCGGCGGUGAAGUACACUCCCAUCGCCAGCGUCGCCGGCGGCGACAACUUCUACGGGAUCGGCAUCACGGCCAUUAGCGUCGGAGGAAAAAAGCUCCCCGUCGCCGCAUCCGUCUACUCCGCCGCCGGCGCAAUCAUCGACUCCGGCACCGUCAUCACCUGGCUCCCGCCGGCGGCAUACUCCGCGCUCCGUUCGGAGUUCAGGAAGCAGAUGUCGAAGUACCCUCUGGCGCAGGCGCUGUCGAUCCUCGACACCUGCUACGACCUCAGCAAGUUUAAGAAUUUCGCGGUGCCCAAGAUCGGGUUCUUCUUCGCCGGCGGCGCCGAGGUGGACAUCGAUGCCGUCGGGAUUCUGUACGCCAACAAGCCGACGCAGGUGUGCCUGGCGUUCGCCGGCAAUGGGGGCGCGAAGGACGUGGCGAUACUCGGGAACGUGCAGCAGCGGACGCUGGAGGUGGUUUACGACGGCGCCGGCGGGAGGAUUGGGUUCGCCAGCGGCGGCUGCAAAUGAGGACUCGGAGCGACGUCGUAUUUUCCCCGAUGGAUGUCCAAUUUAUUAAGGGAGUAAGGGACAAAGGAAUUAUGGUAGUAUUUCGGAAUUGAAAGAACGAACGAAUAUCAGAAGGAAAAGGUGUACAAUAAGUAAAUAACUACCACAAGUUGAUUUCCAAAAUGAAGUUGGUCACCAACAAAAAUCAUAUUUCGAAUUAUCUACUUUUAUAAGUUUACCAAGUAUUCGUUCGAACAAACUACAUCGAAAAGAAUUUGUUGACUUUACGUAUACGACAAUACGUAUAACAAAGCGAAUCAGAUAGUGAAAACUCUGCAUAGAAAUGAAUAAGAC